AGCGUACCGUAUGCUAACGCGGGAUCUCUGAACGAACCUACGUACGUUGAACUUGAACUUGCAGCAAAUUUGUUUGAAAUAGAAAGAUGGAAAGUAGGCUGUCGAGCAACUCGAGUAGGUAACCAAAAUGCCUGGCAGAGGGAACAUCAGGGUCAAGUUCUCUGGUGUGGCGAUUCCAUCAGAACAACAAAUGGAUGAUGUUAGAGAAGGCAGUGGAGCUCCCCAUGAGUUCUGCCUUCUGGAUGCUGGUGUUGAAAGACUAAAGGAUCUACCUCUCACCUCCCAACUCCAAAGCAUCAACCUUCAUUGUAACCAGAUAGAAAAGAUUGAGAAUCUUCUGCACCUGUCGCACCUACGCCACCUUGAUCUGUCUUCCAAUUGCCUGACAAGGAUCGAGGGUCUGGAUGGACUUGUCAGUCUGAAAACACUCAAUGUCGCCUGCAAUCAGCUGACCACACUUGUUGGACUAAGAUCACUGAAGUCUCUUUCACGUUUAAAUGCUUCCUACAAUCAAAUCCACGAUAUCUCGGGUCUAAAGGAACUUCAUGGAUCAGACUAUAACCUUAAGCAACUUAAUCUCCAUGGCAACCACCUCUCUUCAGCAGAGCAUGUGAUUGGAUGUCUAGCUGGUUUGUUAUGCCUUUGUCAUGUGAGCUUUCUUCAUGAGCAGAGUGACAAUCCAGUAUGUAGAUUACCAGGGUAUAGAACAGCACUAUUGAACUCCCUACCUCAUCUCAUAUCAUUGGAUGGUAUAGAUCGAUCAGGACUCUCUGCCCAAACUGAUGAUGGACUUUCUGAUAUUCCAGGUCUUGAUCAGUAUUUAGACUUCCUUCUAUCAUCUGAUGUAGGCAGUGUUGCUGAACCGGAAAAAGAAACCCCUGUGCAAAUCAUUACCCCCAAGAUAGACCAAGUCUUGGAGAAGUUCCGUCAGCGAGCACUCGCUUCCUCUGGCACCAGCACCACAGAAAAAGAGGAUGAGAAGAAAGUAGGACGAUCAUAUGGUGUUUCCCAACCCCAUUCAACCAGCCAUGAAGAACGACUUAAGAUCUUAGAACAGCAGCUUAUGGAUAUCAUGACCAGAAGAAUGCAGGUCCCUGAGGCUUCACCACCAAGCACAGACAGUCCUGAGGAAUUAGGGAAACAUGCAAGAAAAAGGGUGUCCAGUGGCAGGACACAUGCUCCAAGAAAAGACACAGAUCAGACUGAAGAGAGUGACUUCCAUUCAGACUCAGAAAUGGGAAGAAGAGCAAAGAAACAUGGAGGUAAAAAGACUGCAGCUGGGAGGCAGAGGAAAAAAUCUGAAGAACAGGUGACAAAAAACAGCAAAAUACCUACAAGAGCCAAAACUAAAUCAUUUCCAUCGCCUGCAAACGAUAAGGAAGUGUGGACGUCACCAUCUAGUGGGCCAGAGAGGACUGUCAAGCAAUCUGCACCAUCAAGGCGUGCAGUACCUACAACACCAGAGCAAGAUGCAGACAAGUUGUCACUACUCCAAGAAUUGGACAAAGAAAGGGAAAGACGAUGGAAAGCAGAACAAGCAGCAAUAAGACUUGCUGAUCACAUCAAAGAUCUACAAACAAAAGCAAAUGAGGAAAGAGAACUACAGGAGGUAGCCAUUGAAGCAAGCGGUCGUCUUAAACAGGCCGUCAUGAAUGAAAGAGAAAUCAAAUCAAGAUUAGCAGAUGACAUUGAUAUCCUCAAGGAGAGAUUGAAGGAAACGGUACAGAAGUUAUCAGCAUGUCAGAGAGCAGAAGAAGAAGGGAGACAGACUCUAAGAGCUAUGGAAGAGACAACCAAGAAAAUGGAAUCAGAGAAGCUCAAACAGCAAGCACAUGAUGCUAGACGAUUACAGGAGUAUCAGCUGAGAACUGCUGCUAUGGAGCGAGAGCUGGAGCUAGUUCGGGUCAAGUCUGGACACCAAGAUGGCAAGAUACAUCAGCUUCAAGAGUUACUAGCGACGAGAGAACAAGAACAUAGAAAUGAGCUUCAGCAGUACUAUAAGCCAGGGAGCAGAGAAAUUCAAGACAUGUUGGAGAAAGAAGUAAGCAGAGAGAGAGAAAAACAUGAACAUGGACAAGUUUUCUACAAAGAGAGAAUAGAAACGUUGACAAAGCAGUACACAGAUCUUGAGGAUGAGUUCAGACUGGCCCUGCAGAUAGAAUCCAACAGGUUCCAAGAGAUCCAAGAAGCAUAUGAGAGAUCAAGUCAAGAAGCAGCUCAGUUUAGACAGAUGUUGAGUGCUUCGGUAGAGAAAGAGAAGAGAUCUUCUGGUUUAGUCACUGAACUCACUUCCAUGGUAAAGGAACAGAAAGGUCGCAUCACAGAGCUGUCAAGAGCAAAGCAAGAGGCUAUCUCAUCUACUAGGGUGAGGAUCCAGAGUCUUGAGAACCAGGUUGAAGAAAGCCAGAGGAAGCUACAAAUCUUGGAAGCUCUGAGACAGGAGAAGUCUAGACUGGCUGCACAACUGGUUGCAUUGGAAUCGGUGGUUGAUGGUCUCAAGGCAGAGAGGAAACUUUGGGGUCAGGAGCUUGCACAACAAGGAGUAUCAUUGGCUCAGGAUAGAGGAAGAUUGGAAGCCAGGAUAGAAGCACAGGAUGCUGAGAUAGUAUCACUGAAGAAGCAGCUGGAGAGAGAAAAUGAUGCUCUCAAAAUCAAGACUAAAGUCAUUGAUGAUCAGACAGAUACUAUCAAGAAACUGAAAGAUGCUUUGAUAGAGAAGGAUGAUGAAGUGAAGAAAGCCAGGGAGGAGACCCUACGUACCCAGCAAAGCUUGGAGGAUCAACUGGCCACAGAGCAAGGAGCCGUCCAGGAGCUGACAGGACAGGUAGAGAGACUGACAGAACGUAAGGAUGGACUGAAGGAAAGAGUGGUUGAUUUGCAAGCAGAGUUAGAAGAGAGUCAGCGAGCUUACAGGGCUUUGGAUAACAAGUGGAAAGAUAAGGGAGAUAUUAUCAGUCAGCUGGAAAGCCAGGUCAGACAAGUGAAAGAGAAUUUUGACCAACGAGAGAAGAAACUCCGAGAAGAGAGGGAUAAAGCCAUCAAUGCAGAAAAGACAUCAGUGGAAAAGCUUCGCUCUAUUGACAAUGCAUUCAGGAAACAGAUGGAAGCCGCCCAGAGGGGGCAUGAAGAAAACAUGGAACAGUUAGCGCAAGAGAAACAACGGGAGAUUGAUGAAGCCAUGAGUAAGGUGAGUGAUGUUGAGGAUGAAAUGAGGCAGUUACUAGCGGAGACGGCCAAUCAGAAGAGAGUCAUGGAACAGAAGAUUCAGAGAUUAACACAAGCAUUCAAUGAGAUACAGGAUCUUAGAUGAUAGUCACAUCAUUGGAUCCAAGUUCUCCUCCAUCAUUGUAUUCAUAGAGAAACAAGGUUGAAAAAAGCUGAGAGGUUGAUUUCCCUUUUUUGUGUUUAACCCUAAUCAACUAUGGGAAGGGUCAGUAUGAACCCCGACCCCUAACAUGAAAUAUGCAACCACCUAAUGUCAUGAUGUGCCAUUAGGCGUAUUUUCUUUCUUUAUAUUCAUGUGUUUUUUCUGUGUUGGUUUCAAAAGGGACCGAAAGUUCCAGUAUCACUAGUUUCUUCUCAUAUUUCCACAAUGCACAUAUAUCAGGGAUCAGAUUCGUCUGCGUACAUUGCAAUGGGACGGUAGAUAUCCCCUGUUUUUUGGAUUCUGACUUGAGGUCGAAUGUAAUAUCUACCUCCUGAUUUGAUGUACCUUUCCGCAAUGUUUCCAAUAUGUACAAAAGAAUAUUGUCAUGCCGCCAUGUAUAACGACCUUCGUCAAGGGCAACGGGACAUGCGUUAAGAACGUGGUGAACCGUUUCCCGGUUAUUACAUUUAUUACAUUUUGCUGAUGUCACCUUCCCCCAUCUUACAAGGUUUGCAUUGGUAUUCAAAGUGUGUGAGAGAGAAUUCAUGAGAAAGUGAGCUACUUGGUGUGGGAGAUUAUAAAUUAUGCUUUUCCACUCGACUGACUUUUCUUGAAGGGCAGCAAGUUUGAAAAACUCGCCUUGAACGGAGAGUGACUGAACAUGGGAAAGCCACGAUUCUGAUCUCUCUUUCAUGAAAUAAUCUUUAAUUUUAUGUUUGAGUUUGGGGAAAGUGACAUCAGCUUGUUGUACUUGUGAAUAUGCUCUAUCGCUGUUCACAGUACUUGAUUUUUUACGCUUCCAUUUAGACUCUCUUUCUAAUGCUGAAUCUAGACAAAUAUUAACUCUAGAAUCAGAAAUACGUCUGAUUCUGCUAUAAUUAAGAGCAUGUGAUUGGUAAUACAUAUCUGAAAUUGUCAUGAUAUUUAAACAUUCAGGCAUAUGUAUAAAAGCAAGUGUGGUGGGUUUGGCGAGGCCAGACCAUUUCUUGAGGUAGCGAUUGGUAAGUGCAUCAAGAAGUUUCAGAUGGAAAUCAGUAACAUCAUCAUUGACAGUAAGGUGAUAACGAAUUGAAGGAAGAAAAUAAUCGGCAUAUAUUUUCAACUUGUACUCAUCUCUAAUAAGGGUGUGGUCGAUGUUCACGGCAUUAUUGAUUAAUGAGUGAAGAUAUAGAUAGACAUCUUCAGUCGAUGUUUUGUACGUAACAAGUGAACCAAGAAAUUUGAAAUCGUCUUACUCUAGGGUUGCUAAACUUACUCGCUCUAUGAAGAAUGGUACAUCUUUAGGGGAACCACCGACUAUUGAUAAUGAUUUGUAUUUGGGUAGCUUUAAUUUCAGACCCAAAGAGCGUGUAUGUGAAGCGAUCUGAUUCAUAAGACGCUGGUGUGACUUUUUGUUUCCGGUAAUUAGGCAAAAGUCGUCAGCUAAUGGAGCGGUGAUGAAAUUUUCAUCGUUCAAUUUGUAGCCAAAACUUUUGUUAUCAUUUAGAAACUCAAUCAUCGGGUUAAAACAUAGCAGGAACAUAAUGGGAGAUAGAGGGUCUCCCUGAAAUAUUCCUUUGUUAAAUUUGAAGGGUUGUGAGGUCCAUUCAUCUGUUGAUACACAUCCAGUUAGUGAAGAGUACAAGUUUAGAAUGUAAUUGCAUACAGGUGUUGGAAUGUUAUUACGUAACAAUGUAAACUUCAUCAGAUCAUGGGAGACUGAACCAAACGCGUCUUCCAUAUCAAACCAAGUAAUGUGAACAGUCCUACGUGAGUGUUUGGCAUGUUUCAUUAUUUCAUGCACAACAGUAUUAUGAUCUAAACAACCUGAUAUACCAUGUAAAAAUCCCUUUUGUGUGGUUGAAUCAAUUAGAUUGUUCUCAGUUACAUAAUCUUCUAUUCUUUGGGCUAAGAUUUGGUGAUAGAUCUUCCCAAUAAUGCUAGAUCGGGCAAUCAUACGGAGAUUACCCGGUUCUGAGGUAUCCCCCUUCUUAUGAAUGAGAACGACUCUACUAUGGGACCAAUGAGAGGGUGGGACAGGGUGUUUCAAAAGCUUACUGUACAGGGUAGCCAAAAAAUGAUGUGUACAAGGAAGUUUCUUUAACAUACCAUAAUAUAAACUAUCCGGACCUGGGGUUGAUUUCAAACUUUUUUUGUUGAGAAUACUCUUUGACAUCCUUUGGUUUAAUUGAGUUCAUGUUAAAGUCCAAUGUUGGUGUGUUAAGUUGUUGUAUCCAAGCUGCAUCUUGAGGAUCAAAUGGUGCAGUGGCUUCGUAUCUAUCCUUGUAGAAUGCAUCGGCGGCGUCGCAGUCGAAGGUUGGGGAUACACGCGGUGAGUAGAGCGAACCACUUACAAUCUUCUUGCAGAAUUCCCAAAAGUUGGAUCUAAAACAGCGUUCCUCAUAACGGGCAUUCCUUUGAUGUGUUUCAACAUCUUUCUGCUUCUUCAGGUGAGUAUAGGUGUUGAGAGCAUCGUAGAAGAGAUCUUUAUCCUCUUUAGAGCUUGAUCGACGAAAUGCUCUUCGAGGAAGAUGGUUUUUAAGCUUCCUCGCCUCAUCCAUCGAUUUCGGGUCACGGCGGUCGAAUUGUUUACAACUCGGUUUGUUGACAAACUCAGGGAUCUCGUCAAAGAAAUCUCGAAGCACCGCUGAAAAGCGGUCGCCUGCUUCGGCGGGUGUUAGGAUAUCCGUUGCUAGGUUGUGGUGUAACAGGCGGUUUCUUUCGGCCAGAUUGGAAUCCAAUGAUUUCUCUUCAGUAGCAGGUAGCUGAGGAAGUGUAAACCUUAGGACUGUUGCUAUCAGGGAAGCUGAAGCAAGUACAGGUACCAUCGUGAAAGUAGUCAUAUGGGACUAAAGUUGAAAUCAGUAAAGUGUAUACCAGUUUUAAAAAGCAAAUUACUUCAUUUAGCAGCUAUAAUCAAUAGUUUCUAAAACUUGUUAAAACUCACCAUAAAAUGUUAAUCCAAUUUACUUCCUAGCUAAGUCCAAAAUCACCGAGCAUUAGAUGAAAAAGGUGGUAGAUUAAUGCAAAUUUGCAAUAGCUAAUAAGCCAUAUCAUACCACCAUUAUAACAUCAAUAUAAUAGUAACCAUUGAAACACAGGUGAUCCUUUUUCAUUCUUUGGUCACACCAUACCCAAUCUCAUUCUUUCAAAAUUCUCUCUGAAUAGGUGUUGCCAUGGGUACGACACAAUUUAUUCCCUAAAUGUGAUUUAAUCUGUAGAACACCAAUGUUGAAACUGUGCGAGUGCUUUCAAUGACAAGCUCUACUGAGUGCAUACAUGACUAACGUGAUGCUAUCGCUAACUUCUUUAUUUUCUUAACUUUUGAAAAAAACGGGAAGACUUGCAUCCCUGUGGUAUUAUGCAAUGAGAAACUGAAAUCUAGUAGACAACCAAAUAGCAGAAAUCAAAUCUGUGUGGAAAACGAAGCAUUCUUUAUAUUGAGUACACCUGCCGCAUUCCUGGUGAUGUGAAAAGGCAGCCAGGCCAAAAUUGCAGGCCUGAGCUGCUAUGUGUAUGGGCCUUUCGAAAGCUUGAGUUUAUUUAUUGCCAGACAGAGGAAAAAAAAUUCUCCACACCGGGAAUUAUUGAACAUUUUUAUGAAAAAGGGUCAACCUUUUUUUUUUUCAGUAGUACAUGUAGCUCUGUAUCGGGUGCUAUUCAUAUAAACAUUUUAAUAUGGAAUAUUAUCUUUUCAAAUUGUGUUACCUUAUUUACUUCGAUGUUGGAAGAGAGCCAAAACAAGGUAACAAGCUGCUCUAAAAAGUGUUACUUUUUUCAUAUGCACUGUCUAUUAUUACCUUGAAACUGUUUAUUAUUAAAAGUCAGUUACAUAAUUUUCUGAUACUUUAAUUGUUGUACAUUAUGAUAAUGAAGGCAUCCAUGAACUAAUACCAUUCACUAAAAAAUUCAUUAAAAAUAAAUUUUUAAUUUCUUUUUCAGUUGUGUGGCCGUUGUUUAAAGGGCUACAAAACGGGAAACAAAAAUGGAGCCCAAAAUGAAGUAUUUAGUUCUCUGUGAAUGAUGACAAAGAUAUUAUCAAUUGUAAGUUCUAUGCAAGAAAACACUGAAAACUAGGGUUCAGUUUUGUGUGAGGACUCAGGUGUUAGAAAUACCCCAUGUUAUUUUGAUAUACAUGUACAUCUAACACAAUGAAUUUAAACUUGGUGUAAAAUGCUUGGUGUAGUACCCUCACAACACUGGCUGGACCCCAUUUCAUAAAAUUUAGUAUUAUGGUAACUUGCAUGGAAUCCUUGAUUCUGAUUGGCUGUUGAUCAUUGUUACCAUGGUAGUUACCAUACUUAUAUGUAACAGGGCCCUGGUGUAUGUGAUUUGUUUGCAGUGAAGUUUGAAUGAGUUAAUUCCUACUAUUGAUAUUUCUUAAUGAAAUUUAUCAAGAUGCACUUGUGUCAUAAAAAUCAGUUCUACCUUGUAAUGUGUAACUUAUAAUGGUCUUUUGCUGAAAUAAUGAUUUGUGCUUAUUAUAUAGGACAUUAUAUUGGGCCUGUCCCGUGAUCCAUUUUAUGUUUCUGUAGCAUUGCAUAUUCACAGUUAUGGGGUUUGAUGGAUGAUUUGAAUGAUUAGUGUUUGGGCGGGUUUAUUGUUUCAGUUACAGGUAAUUGAAACAAAAAUCAUUUUCAAACACUGGUACAAAAUUUUUGAGUGAAAAAAUGUGCAUACAUCCACACAAACUAUUCAUUUUCCAAUAUCGUAUCAACGAUAUUCUCAAAUCUCUUUUGCCCUAUCCUCGCAAAUAACUUGCUCUUUUUGUCAAAUUUGUAAAUGAGCAAAAAAGUGAAGAUGUGAGUUCUACCUUUGCUCAAGAUUACUUGUAUUUAGAAAAAUAUAUUUAAUUUUUGUGUUUUAUUUAUGCAUAUUUUGUUUUUAAUUUAUUAAUAAAUUUUACAAAAAUUUA